AUGGAGAAAAAGGUGGAUACAAGCUCUCCGGUCGGAGUUCUUGAAGACUACUUUAAGAGUGAAGAAUCAGAAAGUUGUUCUUCAAAAGAACCCACAUCGGAUGAGGCUGCUCAAAAAGUUUCGAAGCCCGCUUCUCGUUGGCAAGGAUUUGUCAAAUUAUUUAGAAGCAGAUCGAAGAAUCCUAUAGGAACAUUGCAUCCUCUCAGUGUCCUAAAGCUCUCUAUGAGAAAGAGCAAUAGUAUGAGAGAGAGCAUUAUAACGACUCUCUUUUCUAAUGCUGAUUCAGGCAAUUUUAAGUCUCCAAGGAUCAACUUCGCACUCUCUGAGCUCCAAGCUGCAACCAACAAUUUCAACCAAGAAAAUCUGAUUGGAAAAGGCGGUUAUGCCGAAGUUUACAAAGGGUGUUUGCAAAAUGGGAAAAUUGUAGCAAUUAAACGGCUAACACGAGGAACAGUUGAUGAGAUUAUUGGGGACUUUUUAUCCGAGAUGGGGAUUAUGGCCCAUGUGGACCAUCCUAAUACAGCUAAGUUGAUUGGCUAUGGAGUUGAAGGAGGAAUGCACCUUGUUCUUGAAUUGUCUCCACUUGGGAGCUUAGCUUCUAUUUGUGAUUUUGGUCUCGCUAAGUGGCUACCGGAGCAUUGGACUCACCACACUGUUUCCAAAUUUGAAGGCACAUUCGGCUAUCUGGCUCCGGAAUACUUGAUGCAUGGAAUAGUAGAUGAAAAAACGGAUGUUUUUGCCUUUGGUGUACUGCUAUUGGAACUAGUCACAGGGCGGCGAGCUCUGGAUUACUCGCAGCAAAGCCUUGUCUUGUGGGCAAAACCAUUGCUCAAGAACAAUGAGAUUAGAGAGCUAGUUGAUCCUGCUCUUGUUGAUGAUUAUAAUGCUCGACAAAUGAAUCUUGUGCUCUUGGCUGCUUCUCUAUGCAUACAGCAAUCUUCAAUACGGCGGCCUCUCAUGAUUCAGGUUGUCCAGCUUCUGAAUGUUCUGAUGAAGCAAGUCUUGGCCACUUGGGCGUUCAAACUUCAGAUUUCAUGGAUUUUCUAUGAAAUCAAGGAUAUGGUCUUGGCCUCUUCAAAUUUUGCACCAACCCAUGCUCACAUGUGA